GCUGAUCUGCGGCGUGGGAAGCCCUGGCAGGCAGUACAGGCAGGGCCCCCUCCAGCAAGAUCUGCCUAUAGCUUUAGAUUUAGUGGUGCUGACUGCCUAGUGCCUACUCCUCCUGAGUGCCUGUCCUGUCCUCCCCAGCUGCUGAUGUAAGGUUGUCUUCUGAAGGUAUUGUUAUGAUUAAUGCAUCUCUUUCCCCUUGGAGGAAUCUUAGCUUUUUUAUUUUCUUUUCAUUUCUGUAUUCCCCAGCUGAGUAUUCCAUUGUUCCUUCCUCCCCCCUCAGAACCUGCAGCAGUUACGUAAGGGGAAUUGCGGGUUGCUCAGGUGGUAUCGGCUAGCCACCCUGAGGGCCUGCCAUCUCAUCUUGGUUACGCUCAGAGGGAGAUGACAAAUUACUGCUUAAACACCAUUGGGUGAAGAGAAGGCUCGGGGAAAAGGAGUAGAAGGUGGAAAUGGGCAAGGGGAUGAGGGGAGUUGGAGAGCUACAGGGUAAAGCCAGUGUAAUUAGAGUUCCUGCAAAACUCUGAGAAGGUCAUAGACAUUAAAUGUAUAAGUGUUAAUAUGUAUACGUGCAUGACUCCAUAUUAUUGAGAUUAAUUGGGUCAGGGUCGUUGAGGGGGACAAAGGCAGAGCUGUGAUUUUUCAGAUGUACAGUGGGGAGAACAAGUAUUUGAUACACUGCCGAUUUUGCAGGUUUUCCUACUUACAAAGCAUGUAGAGGUCUGUAAUUUUUAUCAUAGGUACACUUCAAUUGUGAGAGACGGAAUCUAAAACAAAAAUCCAGAAAAUCACAUUGUAUGAUUUUUAAGUAAUUAAUUUGCAUUUUAUUGCAUGACAUAAGUAUUUGAUCACCUACCAACCAGUAAGAAUUCCGGCUCUCACAGACCUGUUAGUUUUUCUUUAAGAAGCCCUCCUGUUCUCCACUCAUUACCUGUAUUAACUGCACCUGUUUGAACUCGUUACCUGUAUAAAAGACACCUGUCCACACACUCAAUCAAACAGACUCCAACAACUCCACAAUGGCCAAGACCAGAGAGCUGUGUAAGGACAUCAGGGAUAACAUUGUAGACCUGCACAAGGCUGGGAUGGGCUACAGGACAAUAGGCAAGCAGCUUGGUGAGAAGGCAACAACUGUUGGCGCAAUUAUUAGAAAAUGGAAGAAGUUCAAGAUGACGGUCAAUCACCCUCGGUCUGGGGCUCCAUGCAAGAUCUCACCUCGUGGGGCAUCAAUGAUCAUGAGGAAGGUGAGGGAUCAGCCCAGAACUACACAGCAGGACCUGGUCAAUGACCUGAAGAGAGCUGGGACCACAGUCUCAAAGAAAACCAUUAGUAACACACUACGCCGUCAUGGAUUAAAAUCCUGCAGCGCACGCAAGGUCCCCCUGCUCAAGCCAGCGCAUGUCCAGGCCCGUCUGAAGUUUGCCAAUGACCAUCUGGAUGAUCCAGAGGAGGAAUGGGAGAAGGUCAUGUGGUCUGAUGAGACAAAAAUAGAGCUUUUUGGUCUAAACUCCACUCGCCGUGUUUGGAGGAAGAAGAAGGAUGAGUACAACCCCAAGAACACCAUCCCAACCGUGAAGCAUGGAGGUGGAAACAUCAUUCUUUGGGGAUGCUUUUCUGCAAAGGGGACAGGACGACUGCACCGUAUUGAGGGGAGGAUGGAUGGGGCCAUGUAUCGCAAGAUCUUUACCAACAACCUCCUUCCCUCAGUAAGAGCAUUGAAGAUGGGUCGUGGCUGGGUCUUCCAGCAUGACAACGACCCGAAACACACAGCCAGGGCAACUAAGGAGUGGCUCCGUAAGAAGCAUCUCAAGGUCCUGGAGUGGCCUAGCCAGUCUCCAGACCUGAACCCAAUAGAAAAUCUUUGGAGGGAGCUGAAAGUCCGUAUUGCCCAGCGACAGCCCCGAAACCUGAAGGAUCUGGAGAAGGUCUGUAUGGAGGAGUGGGCCAAAAUCCCUGCUGCAGUGUGUGCAAACCUGGUCAAGACCUACAGGAAACGUAUGAUCUCUGUAAUUGCAAACAAAGGUUUCUGUACCAAAUAUUAAGUUCUGCUUUUCUGAUGUAUCAAAUACUUAUGUCAUGCAAUAAAAUGCAAAUUAAUUACUUAAAAAUCAUACAAUGUGAUUUUCUGGAUUUUUGUUUUAGAUUCCGUCUCUCACAGUUGAAGUGUACCUAUGAUAAUAAUUACAGACCUCUACAUGCUUUGUAAGUAGGAAAACCUGCAAAAUCGGCAGUGGAUCAAAUACUUGUUCUCCCCACUGUAUAUCGUGAUACCUUGCCAGAUAUGGAUGGAAAGACUACUGUGUGUAAAAGAAAUGUAUAAUAAUAAUAUAAUAUGCCAUUUAGCAGACGCUUUUAUCCAAAGCGACUUACAGUCAUGCGUGCAUACAUUUUUUUGUGUAUGGGUGGUCCCGGGGAUCGAACCCACUACCUUGGCGUUAUACGCGCCGUGCUCUACCAGCUGAGCUACAGAGGACCACCAAAGGUUGAGUUAGUAAGAUUAUUUAGCAUACAGGAUUAGUGUGCAAGAGGGAAAGUUGGUUGGUUCAAAUUCUCUGUAAAUGUUUGAAGUUGAAAAAAGGCAGGAGGACUAAAUUAGCCAUGGAGAGAGCUGGAUACAUUUUAUGUAGAUCCUUAUAUAACGAGCCAAUUUGGAGUAGCAAAAUUAAUCUAGAUAUCAUUAGGGGUUAUGAUUUUCUUUCUGCGCUGUUAAAAAGCAUGUUCGUUACAACAUGAAGUCCUAUUUACAUUCCAAUCAUCAGACUUUCAUCCAACCAGGCCUCAUCAUACACCCUCCCACCAGCUGAAAGGAAGGAGGAGGAUGGAAGAGAGUGAGAGUGAGAACCAGGGAGAGAUAUUAAGGUUGUCACAGGGUCAAUAAGUCAGUCUCGGAUUCCUAGUUCACCAUCUCCCACCACAUGCAAACUAUUUGAGCAGGAGCAUUUUCAAAGCGCUGGCGUGCAGGGUGGAGGCGGCGGCGUAUGAUUUAAGAUUGAAGUUUCUUGCGUGUUAAGGUUAUCAGAGGAGGAUUAAUGGCAGGAGGGGGAUAUAUUACAGCAGAGCACCUAGUGAGGCCAUGUAGCGGGCCGUUCAUAAAUCACAAGGCAAAGUGAGUCGGACAAGCCUACGGCUGAAAUGCUGCUGCCUGUAUAGUCUGAAUAUCGACAGCCCCCUGCUCCUCUCUUAAAUCAUGAAGUGUGGAAAAUAAAUGGCCUAAUUACUCCAGGAGAGUGAAAUUAAAGCCAUUAUUUUCUAUUACUUCUCGAGACCAGAUGGUGGUCUGAUGCUGCAUCACUCAGUGUGUGUGUGUGUAUUCUGCUAAAGGCAUACUGCAGUACCAGGGUAUGAGACCACCCCUCAUCCCAUCAUCCUAGCAUUUUUAGGUGACCGGUGGAAGAAUUGAUUUUCCUAAUGUCAGCCUCGUUCCGCCCAAUUGAUGCAGAUGAGUCAAUUUCUCAUGAAAGCUCCUGUCACAAAUAUUAUUUUCAGCCCCAGUAUAUCACAAAGCAAUGCAGCGCUUCUCCUCCCUGCCCUGAAAGUCUACUGUAACUGGUGUCCAAAACCCUCUCGUCUUCCUCCAACUCUGGGUUUCUUAAACUAUGGGUCGGGACCAAAAGUGUGCAUGUGAGAGGUGUGUCGCGAGUUAUGAGAAUACAUCUAUAAUCACACACAAUUUCUUCUUAAUUUGGGUCACGGGAGGACAGUACAUUUUACAUUUGGGUCUUGAGCUGAAAACGUUGAAGAACCCCUGCUCUAAUUUACAGUGCAUUCGGAAAGUAUUCAGACCCCUUGAAUUUUUUCACAUUUUGUUACAUUACAGCCUUAUUCUAAAAUUUAUUAAAUUGUUUUUUCCCCCUCAUCAAUCUACACACAAUACCCCAUAAUAACAAAGCAAAAACAGGUUUUUAGAAAUGUUUGCAAAUGUAUAAAAAGACAACAACUGAAAGAUCACAUUUACAUAAGUAUUCAGACCUUUUACUCAGUACUUAGUUGAAUCACCUUUGGCAGCGAUUACAGCCUUGAGUCUUCUUUGGUAUGACGCUACAAGCUUGGCACACCUGUAUUUGGGGAGUUUCUCCCAUUGUUCUCUGCAGAUCCUCUCAAGCUCUGUCAGGUUGGAUGGGGAGCGUCGCUGCACAGCUAUUUUCAGGUCUCUCCAGAGAUGUUCGAUCGGGUUCAAGUCCGGGCUCUGGCUGUGCCACUCAAGGACAUUGAGACUUGUCCCGAAGCCACUCCUGCGUUGUCUUGGUUGUGUGCUUAGGGUCAUGGUCCUGUUGGAAGGUGAACCUUCUCCCCAGUCUGAGGUCCUGAGCACUCUGGAGCAGGUUUUCAUCAAGGAUCUCUCUGUACUUUUCCCCGCUCAUCUUUCCCUCGAUCCUGACUAGUCUCCCAGUCCCUGCCGCUGAAAAAUAUCCUCACAGCAUGAUGUGGCCACCACUAUGCUUCACCGUAGGGAUGGUGCCAGGUUUCCAGAUGUGAUGCUUGGCAUUCAGGCCAAGGAGUUCAAUCUUGGUUUCAUCAGACCAGAGAAUCUUGUUUCUCAUGGUCUGAGAGUCCUUUAGGUGCCUUUUGGCAAACUCCACGUGAGCUGUCAUGUGCCUUUUACUGAGGAGUGGCUUCUAUAGGCCACUCUACCAUAAAGGCCUGAUUGGUGGAGUGCUGCAGAGAUGGUUGUCCUUCUGGAAGGUUCUCCCAUCUCCACAGAGGAACUCUGGAGCUCUGUCAGAGUGACCAUCGGGUUCUUGGUCACCUGCCUGGCCAAGGCCCUUCUCCCCCGAUUGCUCAGUUUGGCCGGGCGGCCAGUUCUAGGAAGAGUCUUGGUGGUUCCAAACUUCUUACAUUUAAGAAUGAUGGAGGCCACUGUGUUCUUGGGGACCUUCAAUGCUGCAGAACUUUUUGGGUACCCUUCCCCAGAUCUGUGCCUCGACACAAUCCUGUCUCGGAGCUCUACGGACAAUUCCUUCGACUUCAUGGCUUGGUUUUUGCUCUGGCAUGCACUGUCAACUGUGGGACCUUAUAUAGACAGGUGUGCUUUUCCAAAUCAUGUCAAAUCAAUUGGAUUUACCACAGGUGGACUCCAAUCAAGUUGUAGAAACAUCUCAAGGAUGAUCAAUGGAAACUGGAUGCACCUGGGCUCAGUUUCGAGUCUCAUAGCAAAGGGUCUGAAUACUUGUGUAAAUAAGGUAUCUGUUUUUUAUUUUAAUAUAUUUGCUAAAAAAAUCAAAAAACCUGUUUUCGCUUUGUCAUUAUGGGGUAUUGCGUAUAGUUUGAGGAAAAUGUUUUAUUUAAUCCAUUUUAGAAUUAGGCUGUAACAAAAUGUGGAAAAAGUCAAGGGGUCUGAAUACUUUCCGAAUGCACUGUAUAGUGAAGGGAGCAGCCCAUGAGUUAGCUGUACUCUAUAGUCUACAAUAUAGCUGGCUUCUCUGACAACUAGGCUCCAGUCUAGCGGUGGUGUCCCAUGCCACUGCGGCAGGCAGACAGUAAGGCAGGCAGCAACAUACAGAGCUAAAGAUCAGAUGAGAUAGUAGAUAGCGGUCCUGGUUUACAAGCCCAUCCAGACACUGCAGCAUGCCAAGGCACGGGAGGGACAGAAUCUAAACGGCUCAUUAGAAAGCCUCCAUCACGUCCUUGGACCACUUUAGUUUUCCUCCCCCAAUUAUCCUGCCCAUCCCCUUCACCAGCCCAGAAUAACAAAGGAAGAUAGAGUAAGGUGAGUCACAACCAACACAGAUGCUGCUGGAGGUAGUACCUUGGGGUAGGUUGUCUCAACAGGAAAGCUGUGCUGUAAAAGAGCUGUGCUGGCACUCACAUACCUGUGUUUGUUGUUUGUUUUCUAUCCAUCCACUCUGUAUCAUCUGCCUCGCAUUGUAUCCUCUGUAUUCUCUUUCACAUACCUGUGUAAAUGUCUGUGUGUCCGUCUGUCCAGACUGUAUCCUUCUGGCAGUGUUGUGGUGUCCUCGGCUGUCUCAGGCUGCACCUCCUCUCCCCUCCCUGUGAACAGAGAAGUGAGCCGCGCUGGUCCCCAGAGUCAGUCAGUCAGUCAGUCAGUCAGUCAGUGGUUCCCUUGAGCGGCGCUCACACCAAAGAAAUAAGGAUAUUACCAGGUGAAUGCAGGUAGCCAGGUAGGCUACAGCGCUCCGCUCUGUUGCCCAGUGUCUCGCUGGCGCUGCCGUGUCAUUGGUCCAUAGCUCCACUCCACUCCUCAGACUGGCUGUGCUGUAAGUCUGGUUCCUGAUCUGCAUUAGACCCCCCUGGAAGCCUAAUGUAAGAGAGAGGGAGGAAGCUUUGCUUUCCUACUGCACAUUCACAGAUCCACCAAAAUAAAAGUUGUUCUUUUGUGUGUUGUAGGUCUUUGAGCUCAAUCCCUUUAUUACCCUCAGACAGGCAGAGAGCGAGUGAGGAAGAGAGGGGCAGAGAGAGAGGGGGAGUUUGGGAGGAGGAGAGAUCUGAGUAGGACUAGGCUCUGCGGAGUCUGGCACAAUUACUUCCAACAGUUUGUCAUGUCAGCUUAGCUAUGACAGGAGGAUUGGGAGGCAGAGAGGCGGCUAGAGAGGGGAACCACAGCCAGGAUUCACACUAGCCCAGCGCUCCCCCUUGGAAGAUCUGUGUGCUGGGCCAACCCUGCCUUCUGUGUUCCCCUGUCUGGUUCCUCCAUCCCUCUGGGUCUGAGGCUGAAGCUACAGUACAGCAAGCCGCUGGACUCCCCACAGAAACAAUGGAGAGGAAGGCUAGGGAAGAAGAAGUGCGUUUGAAUGUGUCACCUCGUGUCUCGACGCAGGCUGAGUGGCAGCAUUAACAGGAAGAGGGCUGGCUUUUUCUGCUCUUUUGCACAGUUGUUACUGUGGCAACAGGAACUGGCUUGCCAUCCAUCGCAUGCUGCGUCACCUGUUUCCCUCUCUCUCCACCCUGUCUCUCUUCUCCCUCUCCUCCACUGUCUUUUUGCUACAAGGAGCGGAUCCUCUUCAGUGUUGCCUACAGAUCUAUUUGAACCCCUGCUGCUUGUGUGUGUAGGUGGACGUGGGGGUGGUACACUUCACACCUCUGACUCAGCCCCAGAUCCAGCAGCCCUUUAAGCUGGUGGAGAAAGUAGUCAGGAACGUAUUCCAAUUCCGGAGGAAGCACUGCCGCAAAGGACUUGAGUAAGCAAUAUUUCUACCCCUCCUUCUACUUCACACGGUCCAAGUUCUCUCUCUCACUCACUCACUCACUCACACACGCUCUCUUUGUUACAUUCCACAUUAAGUGAACUCUGUUCAUCCUUGACCAGCUCUAUACAAAGCUCCUCAUGGCUCUCUCUCACUCCUUCUGUCCCCUGCCGCCACCAUGCCUGUGAGGAGUAGGCCCAGAGAACAAAAUAAGAGAGCAGCAGUUAUGAGUCAUUGGGGUGUCAUAGGAAGACAAAGCAUGAUAAAUUAUGUAACUACAGGGGGCGGAGAGGCAGCUUUAACAGCUUGUGUAUGAGCUCUCUGGAGCUGAAGCGCUAAGCAAGCAUCUGUACUGGGUAUGUGGGUGUUUUGGCUGUGCUAUGAUGCUCUUGAAGUUGGGUUCUGUAUGCUAACUCUGUGAAAACCCAUGACGUUGGUGAGGGCAUCUGGGGCUAAGACUAGUCUAUAGUCUUCAAUUGUUUCUUCUUCUCAUCUCCUUUCCGUGACCAAUGAUCUGAGAGGACAUGACAGGAGAACUGAAUAGAAAGCAUUUGUAUUAGUUAUUUCCAUCUACAGUACGGUCCGAUGGAUUCUUCGCUGACGUUUUUUUAAUCUUCUUUUUAACACCCUAACAGCUUUGUCUGCAUAUUUAAUCACAAUUACAUUAUUUAUUUAUGCUCUUUGUGGCAGCAUUUUGUUUGAUUUAUAUUAACUCCUGAUAUUUUUUAGUUAGAAAAUGAUUGCUGAAAGCUUAAGGAAAAACCUCAGCAGAUUCCAUCUGGCCCUGUACUGUACCUAUGAGUGGCCAUGAUGGACAGGAAGCCACCUGAGACUAUAUCUGUGUUCUUUUCCCAGAAUGCUGUUCCCGGAGGCGCAACGGCUGGAGCUGGCGGAGGUGAUGAUGCGUGAGGCGGACGUGGACCCCACCCUGCGCCCCACGGAGCUCUCCAUCCUUGACAUCAGAGCCCUGGCGGACGCCUACAGCCACCUCUGCUCUGAGAACCAGGGUCUCCUCACCUACGACUUCAGAGAGGAACUCCGACUCAAACACCUUAACCGGCGACCGGGCAGCAGCACUAAUGGUACUCAGCAGCCCGUCUGA